AUGGCGCCGACCGCCGCGGAGACGCGCGCGGCGGAGAUCGCCACCGGACUUCCGAACGACAAGCGCUUCAUCCUCGAGCUCGAGUUCGUCAUGGCGCUCGCGAACCCGCGAUACGUCCACCACCUCGCGGUGAACGACAUCCUGGACGACCCCGCGUUCGUCGCGUAUCUCGACUACCUCUCGUACUGGACGCGACCGGAGUACGCGAGGUUCGUGCAGUACCCGCACGCGCUGUAUUUUUUGGAGCAGCUCGAGGAUCCCGCGUUUCGAGCGGCCAUGCGCAACCCGCGCGCGUGCGAGCACGUGUUCGCGGCGCAGUAUUAUCACUGGCAGAACGCGCGGACGGAUCGCGCGAACGCGAAGAUCGCGGCGGAGGCGGCGGCGGCGGCGGCCGGCGGAGGCGGCGGCGGAGGAGGAGGACGGGAAGCCGCCGCCGCGUGA